CAGGCAGUUCCGGCCAAAGGGGAAACUAAACAGGAUUGCUGCAUGAAAACGGAGCUGCUAAGAGAAGAUAUCCCUAUGGCUGCUGAUGAAGGUCCUGCCGAGAAACCAGCGGGAGAGGCUUCCAUGGCUGCAGAUGGGGAGACAAAUGGGGCCUGUGAAAAGAGCGGUGACACCGGCCACACAGAUGCAACCAAACACACUCAGGAGAGCACCAGACCCAGCCCCCAAGAGGGCAGCAACAGAGCAGCCCGGAUAGCAGAGAAUGGGGUUUCAGAAAGAGACACAGAAGUGGGAAAGCAGAACCAUGUCACUGCUGAUGACUUCAUGCAGACAUCGGUCAUUGGUAGCAAUGGAUAUUUCUUAAAUAAACCUGCUGUACAGGGGCAGCCCUUGAGGACUUCGAGCACCCUGGCCUCCUCACUUCCUGGCCAUGCUGCGAAAACCCUUCCUGGAGUGGCUGGUAAAGGCAGGACUCCAAGCACACUUCCUCAGUCGCCAGCCACAGCACCAGUGCCCGGGGUCGGGGGAGCAGAUGCAGAGGACCGGAAGCUUGCAGCCCCUGGAGCUGAUGUCAAGGUUCACAGGGCACGCAAGACCAUGCCGAAGUCCAUUUUGGGCCUGCAUGCAGCCAGCAAGGACCCCAGAGAAGUUCGAGAAGUGAGAGACCAUAAGGAACCAAAAGAGGAGAUCAGUAGAAACGUUUCUGAUUGUGGACGACAGCAGCUUUUACCCCCUUUCCCAUCCCUUCACCAGUCGCUACCUCAGAACCAAUGCUACAUGGCCACCACGAAGUCACAGACAGCUUGCUUGCCUUUUGUUUUAGCAGCUGCAGUAUCUCGGAAGAAAAAACGAAGAAUGGGAACCUAUAGCCUGGUUCCUAAGAAAAAGACCAAAGUAUUAAAGCAGAGGACGGUGAUUGAGAUGUUUAAGAGUUUAACUCAUUCCACUGUGGGCUCCAAGGGUGAGAAGGCCUUGGGUGACAGCACUCUGCACAUGAAUGGGGAGAGUCUGGAGAUGGAAUCAGACGAGGACGACUCAGAUGAGCUUGAGGAGGAUGAGGACCAUGGAGCUGAGCAGGCUGCUGUGUUUCCCACGGAGGACAGCAGAACCUCUAAAGAGAGCAUGUCUGAGACCGACCGUGCCCCAAAGAUGGACGGCGAGUCAGAGGAGGAGCAGGAGUCUGCCGAUACUGGGGAUGACGAGGACUGUGGAGACGAGUCUGACCUGAGUUCUGAAUCCAGCACCAAGAAGAAAUUUCUCAAGAGGAGAGGGAAGGCCGACAGUCCCUGGAUCAAGCCAGCUCGGAAAAGGAGGCGGAGGAGUAGAAAAAAGCCAAGUGGUUCACUAGGUUCUGAGACCUGUAAGUUGUCACCGGGAAGCACAGAGCAGAUGGCUCCAGGAGACAGCUCUCAGUAUAUGGAAGUCUCUCUGGACUCACUGGAUCUCCGUGUCAAAGGGAUUUUGUCCUCCCAAGCGGAAGGGCUGGCCAACGGUCCAGAUGCGCUGGAGACAGAUGGCCUCCAGGAAGUGCCUCUCUGCAGCUGCCGGAUGGAAACCCCCAAGAGUCGCGAGAUCACCACCCUGGCCAACAACCAGUGCAUGGCCACUGAGAGCGUGGACCACGAAUUGGGCCGGUGCACAAACAGCGUGGUCAAGUACGAGCUGAUGCGCCCGUCCAACAAGGCGCCUCUCUUGGUGCUGUGUGAGGACCAUCGGGGCCGCAUGGUGAAACACCAGUGCUGUCCUGGCUGCGGCUACUUCUGCACAGCGGGUAAUUUCAUGGAAUGUCAGCCUGAGAGCAGCAUCUCUCAUCGUUUCCACAAGGACUGUGCCUCUCGAGUCAACAAUGCCAGCUACUGUCCCCACUGCGGGGAGGACACCUCCAAGGCAAAAGAGGUGACCAUAGCAAAGGCAGACACCACCUCCACGGUGAUGCCUGCCCCUGAACAGGAGAAGAGCUUGGUUGCCGAAGGCAGGGCCGACACAACCACUGGCAGCACUGCUGCAACCCCGCUUUCUGAGGAUGACAAGCUGCAGAGCACAGCUCCCCAGGUGCCGGAGGGCUUUGAUGGCACAGGGUCGGCUGGGCUCGUGAGGCAGACCUCUGGCCUUUCCCAGGGACCCGGGAAGGAAACCUUGGAGAGUGCUCUGAUCGCUCUGGACUCAGAAAAACCCAAGAAGCUUCGCUUCCACCCGAAGCAGCUGUACUUUUCAGCCAGACAGGGUGAGCUGCAGAAGGUGCUCCUGAUGCUGGUGGAUGGAAUCGACCCCAACUUCAAAAUGGAGCACCAGAAUAAGCGCUCCCCACUACAUGCUGCAGCGGAGGCUGGCCACGUGGACAUCUGCCACAUGCUGGUUCAGGCUGGAGCCAAUAUUGAUACUUGCUCAGAAGACCAGCGGACCCCACUGAUGGAGGCUGCAGAGAACAACCAUCUGGAUGCAGUGAAGUACCUCAUCAAGGCCGGGGCACAGGUAGACCCAAAGGAAAGAAAUGGAAGGCAUCCAAAUUGGAAAGGAAGAAGAAGUAAAUCUGUCUGUGUUCUAGAUGACAUAAACCUAACACAUAGGAAAAAAAACCCUAAAGGAGCCACAAGAAUAUUUUUAGAGCUAAAACUCUAACUCAACAAAAUAAUAGGGUACAAAAAUCACAUUAUAGUCAGUUAUAUUUUUAUAUAGUUGUAGUUAAAGGAAAGAAAGUAAUUCCAUUUACAGUAGCAUCAAAAGAAUAAAUGUGUAAGAAUACAUUUAACAAAGGAGGCCAAAAAAAUGUACAUUCAAAACUACAAGCCUUUGCUGAAAUUAAAGAAGUCACAUAUAAAUGGAAAGAUCCCAUCUUUACAUAUUAGAUGAUUUAAUAUAGUUAAAAUGAAAAUACUGCUCAAAGUGGAUUCCAUGCUGUCCUUAUCAAAACCCAACAGCUUUUUCUACAAUUAGAGGAAAAGUCAUCUCAGCAUUCAUACUGAGUCUCAGGGACCUGGAAUAACAAAGCAGUUUUAAAAAGGAAUGAAGUUGGAGAACUCACAGUUCUGAUUUCAGAACUUACUACAGAGCUAUAGUAAUGAUGCUGGUGUAAAGUGUGAUAUAGUGUGAUGCUGGUGUAAAGACAGAUACACACAAGUGGAACAGAAGAGAAAGCCCAGAACGCAGUUAACUUUUGUCAGGUUACUAAGAUCAUUUGGUGGGAAAAGGCAUCUUUUCGACAGAUAGUGCACAAAAUAUGCUAUAUCCACAUACAGAAGAAUGUAGUUAGACCCUCACCUCAUAUCAUAUGAAAGUUACUGCAAAGUCAAUCAGAGAAUUAAUUUAAGAGCUAAAAGCACAAAACUCUUGGAAGAAAACUAUGAGAAGUCUCUUGACCUUGGAUUUGCCAGUGAUAUCUUGGAUAUGACACCAGGAGCACAGAGAAUAAAAGAAAAAGAUAACCUCAUCAGAAUUUAAAACUUUUGUGUAUCCAAAAGACACUAUCAAGAUAGUGAAAAGAUAGCCCACAGAAUGGAAAAAAUGUUUGUAAAUUGUAUAUCUGAUUAAGUGUUUCUAUCCAGAAUAUAUUAAGUCCUGUAAUUCAACACCAAAAACUCCUCAAGUAAUCCAAUGAAAAAUGCACAAAAGUUGGGCCAAAUGUGGCACAUUCCUCCCAGUACCUGGAAGACUAAGGUAGGAGGAUUGCCAUGAGUUCAAGGCCAGCCUCUGAACUACAUAUUGAGACACUGUCUAAAAACAAAUGGCCAAAAGUUUUAAGUGGGCAUUUCUUCAAAGAAGAUAUGCAAAUGUUCAGUUAGAUGUUUGACAUUGUCAGUCAUCAGGCAAAUGCAAAUCAGAACCACGGUUAGUUAGUCAGUCACCUUAUACCUACCAGGAUGGCUGUUAUCUGGAAACGGGAAAGUAAAUGUUGGUGAGGACAUGGAAAAAUUGGGGCUGGGGUGAGUUUCAAAUGGUACAGCUACUGUGAAGAGCAAUUUGGUGGCUCCUCGAAUCACUGAACAGGAUUACUACGUCCUUCAAUGAUUCUAUCCCAUGGUGCAUAUCCAAAGAAGUAAAAACAGGCAUGAAGAUUUUGAGCAGCAGUAUUCAUUGCAACAUUGUUCAUAGCAGCUGUAGAGGUAGAAAUAACCCAAGUGUCCAUCAGCAGACAGACAACAUGUGGCCAGUGCAUACAAUGGGACUGUUGCUCCUUCGUAGGGAGAAAUGAAGCACGAACCCUUCUACAGACUUGAAGCUACAGCCUUGAAGGUGUAAAGAGAAAGGAGCAAGUGCUGAAGGACACAUAUUUGUGUGAGAUACUUGGAACAGGCUACAGGCUGCCCAAAGCUGAGAGGAGGAGCUGUGAUUGCUUAAUUGUUAGUUUGUAUUUGGGCUCAUGAAAAAGCUUUGGAAUAGUGACAAUGGUAAAUGGGAAAAUGUAAUUAAUUAAUUAAUUAAAAUGUAAUUAAUGCCGUUGAGUUCCACAUUUAAAAGAUGAUUGAGGGGCCGGGGAUUUAGCUCAGUGGUUCCACCACU